AUUUAUAGAAAAUGGAGUAAAGUGUUUUAUCCCAUUUUCACCGCGACAUUGACGGUAUAACACGUUGUGGAAUAUACUUGCUUGUAUUCAACACUGUGGAAUAUACCUGUCGCGUGCACGGACUACUUUUUAAAUGACGUCAUGCGAUAUGCGCUAAAAUUAGGUCGAUAUUGUUUGGUUCAUUGGUCGAAUUUUAAGGUCACCCAUUAGAAGAAAAUGUGCAUAUUUUGCAGAAAAACAUAUAUAUGACAUAUUCACCAAAAGAAAUUUUGAAAUAAAAUAUGAAAUUACACGAUUUUUGUUUUGUUAUUUUUUAUUUAUAACAAAGUCGACAAAACUUAAGCUUCAAAAUUAUACGACCUUCAACCUUUAAAUCUAGUCAUAUGACAUAAUUUUCGCCAUCCGUAUAAUAAAUCAGCUGAUUGAUGGCGUCAUAAAAUGACAUACUUAUUGCGUCAUUUUCCCCAUUUUUUUGACGAUUUAUUAUAAACGCGACUUAUUUCACAUGUUUUCUACUUGUACUGUAUGUCGACAUAUCUGAAUUGUCAAUUGAUCACAUUUUCCUUAUUUCGUGUAAUGUGCAUUGUUUAUAACCAAAGCACAUACUUUUGACAUUUAACUUAAAUAUUAAGAAUGUACAACAAGCCAUACACAUAUCGCACAGUUCAUGAAUAAUCUGCUAUGUUUGCUUUCCUAUUUAAUUCACGUUAGGCAUAGAGCUGUGUAAAGUAUAAGAUGGUAAAAAUAGCACCACACUGGAAUUGGGAACGUUUCAUUUUGUACACGGGUAUUUUGUACUCAUUUAUCUGUUGUGUACUGGAAUGUUUUCCAUUCUUUGUGUAUUUAUAUAUUAAAUUAUUUUCUCGUACAAUAAGGGCAUUUACCAUAGAUAAAUAAAACAUUGUGCAAGUUUAAACAUAAUUAUGUUUGUAUGCAGAAAUCUGCAAAUGCAACCGAGUUUACCAACGGCUAUUAUUAGAUAAACUGCUCCGGUUCAUGACGUAGCGUGUGACGAAGAAGAAUGUUUAUCGCGUUCAUAAACUCAUUUGAAUAAAGUGAUAGAAUGGCAUAAGGGUCUUUAUCUAACUAUGCUAAAAUAAUUAUUAAAGACCCUAGAUGCAAAAUCGUCAAUUAUUGAGUUAAAUGGAUUAUUAGAUAGAUUUUAAAGGAUAAUUAAAGGUACCUGGAGAAAUGCAUAGCCGCCACGUGUCGAAACGGUGACUGCCUCAACGCUGACCUACCGCGCACCUACCUUGCCUACCAUCUGAACGGACGGACAAUCAAUAUCGACGGAAAGCUCGAUGAUCCGGCCUGGGGGGAUGUACCCUGGACCGAGAGCUUCACUGACAUCCGCGGCCCCCCCUACCCAGCCCCCUACUUCGACACAAAGGUCAAGGUCAGAUGGGACAAUGAGCGUCUUUACGUGGGUGCCCGGAUGCAGGAGACGGACUUUUGGGGCACGUACCGACAGGAUGAGGAUCUGGUUUGGAGGGAAAACGCAUUUGAGCUACACGGAGAUGCAGAUCAGUGUUCGGAACGUCAGCUGGGACCUAAUGCUGAGGAAGGCGUACAUGGACAACCCGUGCAAGAAUGACAGUGCCGUGUCCGAGUGGGAUAGCCAAAUCGUCAAGGCCACGUACACUGACGGCGGGAUUUACGACCCUACCAAGAAAGGUACUUUCUGGAGCGCGGAGAUGUCGUUUUCCUUCGCAGCCCUGGCUGAGAACACGACCCGGUCAAUGCCUACCCCGACCAAUGGCGAGGCUUGGUUCUUUAUAUUUGCGAGACCGGAGUACAAGUUCAAAAUAGUGAAUGGACAAUAUGAAAAGGACCCGGAUGCACCGACAGAGUGGUGGAGCUGGGCGAACAUGGGCGCCGUCAACCUUCACCUCCCUAGCAGAUUCGGCCUCGUGCAGUUCCUACGGAACAGGGGCGUAAACGACCAGUUUUUCUACGACAGGUGGCACAUCUACCGGGCCUUCUUUGAUGUCUUCGAGGCCGAACACCGUUUUAAGGCGGUCAAUGGCAUGUUUAUCGGCGACAUAAACCUGCUUGACGUGCCACCUAAAACGCUGGCGUCGGAUUGCGUCACCGUCAAAGUUACGUCGGACGGUGCAGAUUUUGACGUGGAUGUGAAAUCACUGGCAAUACCGAGCCUUCCCGCAGGUCACAUACGAGCGGACAGAUACGUCUGGUUCAUGUAGAUUUAAACGGGCAACGAUAAUGUUAACUUGUAUUGAAAAGAAACGUUUAAGCCACCUACUUGUUCUUUCACAUAAAAAACUCAGUCUUAAUUACACUGUAUAUGGCCUUUCGAUUUGCUAAUAAGACUGGUUGAAAUUACAAGAUGUCAGCAUAUUUGUUUGAUAAACUAAUAUUGUUACAUUCAUCAAACGAUCAAUAUUAAGUAUUUACGUGCAUAGGGUUUAUUGAAGUUACUUGUUAAACUUGAAUUAAAUUCAUGUAUACUUGUUUGUAGUCAAUAUCAUUAUGAUACAUAAAUAUACAUAACAAUUGUGCACUGUUACUGUCUCACGCUGGGUCUAUGAUUUCUGAAGAUUGCAGCGCUUUUUGAUGCAUCAUAUCCCUUUUAUUUUACCAAGGUUUUCUUCGCAUGCCUGAAGUUAUGUUUGUGCUGCCCCUAUGUCUCGUCGUAAGAUUGUACAGUGUUAUUAUUGUUGCAUAUACAUUUACAUUUUACAGUUGCACUGUAUUUUAAUUUAUGCUCUGUAUAACACUAUCAUUUUUUCUGAAGAAUUCUUUUUGUUAUGCAUACACAUUCAUCCGUACAUACUGAUCUAUUGAAUGAGGAUUGCAAAAUAUAAUUAUUGAUAAACUUUAUCCGUACAUAAUGAUGACUUAAAUAAGGAAAGCAUUUUAAAAUUGUCAAUUCACUAUUAAAAUCCUUGUAAUUAAAUAAAUGUACCAUCACGCA